AUGUCUACGGGAGUGUCUACGAAGGAGCGCCUUCUUCUGCAUUUCGAGACCAUAGAUGGAAUUCUAAAGGACAUUUUGGAUAGAGUAACGAAGAAAGCGAAGUUUGACGAGUACGAACACCUUGUACGGCUUUUAUUAGAGAAGGAUAAUGAGAUUAAGAGGACUCUCAGGGAUGGUAUUGUGCCGUUUGCCAAAAAAUUGUUUUUAGCCGAAGAGCAACUGUCCAUUCAGAAGAAGAUUGAUCAACUCCGUGCCGAUUGUCUUAAUUCUGAUGCACAAAUCGAAGCCUGUCAAAAAGAACUAAAAAAGAGUGAAUUGCUUCUGGUACAUAGGAUUCAAGGUCUAAUAUUAUCUUAGAGCACCGCGCUGUAUUAUUGCCGUCAGAAACUUGAUUGCAUGGUCAAUUCUAUCAAAAAUCCAAUAGACUUAGAUGAAUUAAUACAAUUUUCCCAUUGGAUUAGCUUUAACUAUGGCGUUAUGGCCCCUGACAACUGGGUUCAGGGAGAUCCUAGGCGUCCAUAUCCGAACAAAAAGGAAAUAAGACGUGGCUACUUAGGCUACCUGGAUGAUUCCGGAAACUUCCGACCCAGUGUUAAUGAGGAGUUUGCGCAGGCAUUUCCAAGCAAUACGAACACGCCUACAUCAUCACAUCCGACCCCAGGAUGUCUUGGGACCAACACUGCACAAUCGGGUGCUACCCCGGUCGGCCACUCUCACCACACAAUCACGAACCAAUGUGGCUUUCAGACGGCGCAGACACAAGGACCAAACACCGAACAGCCGGGUAUUAUUCGAACAGUGUUAUGCUUAAAGCCUUCCUUUGAGACGUAGUAAGUACUUUCAGCUGGUAUUGCCCGAAAGUUGCUUUAUGAAAAACGGAUAUUGUAGACGACUCAACUGUGUAGUUUACUUUAACCAAUUUGAUCAUGCCGUUGUUCUCGGGAAGAGACUCGCUAUGCAACCGGAAAACGCGAUAAACCUUGCCGUAUUCACGAUUUUUAAUCUAAAUCUUCCAAUAAGGAAUUUUUCAUAAAGCAAACUUUGUGAAGGACCAAGAUUUCGUUUCUCCUCUAUGCCUAUGCUUAGAGCUGUGGUAACUGCUGGCAGACGUUCGUAAAGGCAUCGCGCCUCCCUAGAUAUGGUGGGGUCUAUCACCGCACACUUCGCCGGGCGUCUCCGACCAAGCAGUUUAACCCAUAUGGAGUGCUAGAUGACCGUUACUCAGACCGUUACAUGGAGAAGGUCCAGGGAGGAAAUAAAAAUAAGGCUGAUGGACAACGUCGUUACCACGCUCUUGGAUGUGAUUUGCCCCUAGUCAAGUCUGGAUAUUAGGCUUUCCACUUUAGAAACACUCAAACCAAUUGUCGUCACUUCUGCCCACUGUCGGCCAGAGUUACUGGUGAACCUACCUUCAUGUGCUGUGAAAUGAAAAUGACGUUUUUUGAAAGGCAGUUCGGGCCUUGUCACGCAGUACGUACACUGUCAAGGUUUAUGUUCGCUCUCAUUUGUAAUGUUUUCUGUAGAAUACUGUAAACCUCGUAUUGAAGACAAGAACUACAAAAUUGUUUUCGAUCGUCCUUAUAAUUGUGUUUUUGACGCAAGAACCCAUAAAAGAGCUCUUUGGGUACAUUUCACCCCGCCUCUGGCCAUUGUUUAUGCGGCACACAUUUUGUACCUAAACUUUACUCUUGCAUCGUCUUGAUCUGAGGUCGGUCAGCUGUUAAAAACUAUUAUUUGAUGAAUUUAAGGCAGCCAUAGUUCUCUGGACUUUACUACCAGUGCUCUAGCUUAGAUUUCUUUUCUAAUACCUGACUAUGCUUAUAGCAAUUCUUGGUGAUUCAGAUAUAAGAGCAUAAGAUUCGUUCAGGAAGUAGUGGGUCCUGAAUACCUUUCUCUUCCAGAAUUUGCAGGGGCAUGAUACUUGAGGCAAACACCACUGUCUGGCGGAAAUCUAGAAGGGCUGAUUAGGGGAAAAGAAAGCCGGUAAAUGGACAAUCCACAGCGACUGGAAGUGAUCCGAUCAUAGUGCUGAAAAGGUUGAGAGCAGAAACUUGGUGAAAAUCUACGGAAACUGAGAUGUAAAUCAGAUAAGCCUGAGAGCGCCAAAGGGGCGAAAAAGUACCCUGGCACGAAAGGAAUCACAAGAUCUAAGGAACUGCAUCACCAAAGGACACUUAAAGUCGCAUCCAUGCAAAGCAGUUAGCAUUCGCUACCGUAACCCGAUCACAGAACCAUGGGGUUGGCACUCCUAACCUUACGUUACCUCAUAGUUUUGUUGGUAUUAGCUUCUGCAGGAAAAUAAGACGCCUGUAGGCGCUAAGAGAACUCUUCCAGAUUACUCCUUCCACAGUUUAAGGACGCAAAGAAAACUCGCCUGUCGAAUUCGCGUGCUUAAAACUAAUACCAUCUGGGGAUUUCGUCGAAUAUUGUACAGUACAUUAUAGAAGCAAUUCGUAUUCCACAUUGCCUAUACAGUUAAGUACCUUCUAGUUCCGCUGAUUCUACGCGUCACCACCAGAAUGAAAAAGCCAUGAAACUCUAUACAGCUUAUUAUUUUGUCGGUGAAUGUCAAAAAAGUCAGGGCGGCUCCGAAGGUCUCCAUUUUAUUUCGAAUUGACCAUUGAUGCCUUGAAGCCUUACAUUGUAGUUAGCAACCACCGUACGCUACGCUCAGAGAAAUGAUAGUACAUCCCCAGAAAUCCAAGGGAAGCUGCCUGCAUGCAUAGUUAUGAUGCCUACAAACUAAGCGAUUAUUAUAUUUCCCCUCGGGCCCGUAUGUUAUCCCUGGUUUUCGGCGUCAUGAUUGAUUCCGCACACAUUCAACAUUCCCGAUCCUCAAUCGUCUAGACAAGUGGGUUUGAACUCCGUUUUGGCCCAUAAUCGGACUCCCGAGUUUAAUUUUGCGCACAAUUUUUGGGACAACACUUAGGCUCGCGCAAGGCAUAUGCAUCCUGUUAUCCGAUUAAGCCCUAAUGCCUCCCGCUGUUGAAUUACAACUUGCAGGCGACGGCUGUCUGACUUCUCCCAAACCUUGUUAUGUGCGGCUGUCACUAUGUCCGGUUAUGUAAAUUAACCUGGCCAGGAAAAGUACUGCAAUUGCUGUUAACGUGCAGCUCGGUGUAGUCACCCACUGCGUACCGUUUGUCAGGGUAAAUGUCAUUUGCUUUAGGCUCAUCUUCAUUACCUUCUUUUUAAAGGGACUUAUUCACCAAGCAUAAUACUCCCCGGUGUGAACAUGGUCUCUUCGCCAUCGGCGACGUCAGCACCCAACGGCAGUCAGACGUGGAAUCCUUCGAGCCUGCCAGGAGACGGGAGUACAAAUACAGGGAACAGCAGCCAGUCCCCUGCCACCCCGGGACAACAGCCCAGGCAUGCCAAUUCGCUUGCAGCAAUGCUUGGUGGCCAGGGUGGCAUGAACAGGCCGGGAAGCAUUGCGCCCCCCGGAGUGUCUCCAUUAUCCCGUAUCCCACAGCAACCCUGCGGUCCACCGCUCUCGGGGCGAAUUUCCAGCUCACCUAGUCCUGUAACUAUUGCCAGCAGUCGGCAGCAGAACACCCUGGGUAGUCGGAAUCCCGGUCCAAGACCUGGCGUCCAGCCAGGUAUUAUGUUCUCGGACAGCCACACGCCAUCGAAGCUUCAUAGGCGGAAGAAGCAGCACCUAGAGCCCGGGCCGGGCAAUGAGUCACUGGAGAAACUGCACACAGAAUCCUCAGAAUCAUCCGACGAAGACUUUAAACGGCGUAAUGACCACAUAAGUUUUUAG